UAUAUUUCAGUACAACUUAUCUUUCUUUAUAGUUACUUUGUUGGAAGUUGAAUGUAUUUUAUAAAUAGGUGUCCAACUAGUUUUUGAAGAAAUAUCAGCCUCUUAAAGUUAACAGUGUGCGUUUUGGAUAUUGCUCGAAUGCAUGGAAGAUACUAUGGGAAAUAAAUAAAUUUAAAUUCUGAAGAGCUUCAUGAAGCUUGAAAUUAUUGAAAAAUAAAGAAAAAAUAACACUAACAAUAGAGAAAAAGAAGAAUAUACAAUUAUGGCAGGGUCAAGACGUACUCGUAGUCAGGCAACAUCAGUUGCCAUACCAAGACAGAAUUCUGUUAGUGAAAAUGGAAGAACACGUCAAAAUUUGAGCUCAGAAGCUUUGGCAGCAAUGAAUAAGGAACAGCUUCGAGCGGAAUGCAGGAAAAGGGGCCAGCGUUCAACUGGAAACAAAAAUGAGCUGCUCGCCCGCCUUGGGUACUACAAGCUGGCGGCCGCUGUGCAAGCUGACACUGACCAGCGCACGCGCAACGGGCUCCAUCACCCACAUCCCAAGGAGACAAGGAACAAAAAUAUAGUAAUGGAUUCAGAUAGUUUAGUACUAUGGAGGCGGCCGCUUACCACACUUGAAUACUUCUUUAGGGAACUUUUUAUUCUCAUUACUACUGGUGUACAAAGAUUAUUAGCAUACAAAUUACUCGCAUUGACAAUAGUACUGUUGACUGUGGCCACAGUUGCUUCAUAUUACAUUAAUGGGCCUCACCAAUUUUAUGUUCAGCUGGUGGUAUCAACGCUGGCGUGGUGGGGUUGGUGGGUGGUGCUGGGUGUGUGCAGCUCAGUGGGCCUCGGUACAGGCCUUCAUACAUUCCUGCUGUACCUCGGACCGCACAUCGCGCGGGUCACACUUGCGGCGUACGAGUGCGGGGCGCUCAACUUUCCUGAACCGCCUUAUCCUAAUGACAUAAUUUGCCCUGCAGAAAUAGAUCCCAACAAUGCGGUAUCAAUAUGGAAUAUAAUGUCAAAGGUCCGCGUGGAAUCCAUGAUGUGGGGCAUUGGGACAGCCUUAGGUGAACUGCCGCCCUACUUCAUGGCGCGAGCGGCGCGGCUUUCGGGUGGUGGGGUCGCUGAACUCAAUGCCAAUGAUGAUUCUAAAACUGGCAGGGCCAAAAUAAUGGUGCAGAAACUAGUACAAAGAGUGGGAUUCGCUGGUAUUCUAGCGUGUGCUUCUGUACCUAACCCACUCUUCGACUUGGCUGGACUCACUUGUGGACACUUUUUAGUGCCUUUCUGGACGUUCUUUGGUGCCACAGUAUUGGGUAAAGCCGUUAUAAAGAUGCACAUACAGAAAAUGUUCGUGAUUGUUGCAUUCAAUGAAGUAUUGGUUGGCCAGGUUCUAUCAUGGGUUGAGAGGAUACCGUAUAUAGGACCAAGACUUGAAGCCCCACUUUUAGAGUUCCUCAGAAACCAAAAGGCUCGACUCCACAAAAACGAUUCAUCCUCACCGCAGCCAGAAAACCAAGGAUCGGUAUUGUCGAGCCUAUUAGAGAAAUUCGUCUUAGCGAUGGUGGUAUACUUCGUGGUGUCAAUAGUUAAUGCGCUUGCGCAGAAUUACAGCAAGAGGUCUGGUAAAAAGAAGAGUAAGAAGAGGGAUUAGGGGUUGAGACCGCCGGGCGAUGCUUUUGGUGGACUCGCACGGCGACGAGCAGCGACGGAGCGAGCGCGCCGGCGUCGGUAGUACACAAGCGCAAGUCUCGCACACAAAUUUAAGUCUCUACUCUACACUCAUACAGCGACACUGCUCGCACAUACCUCUGGUAUGUUCCAUACGUGAUAUUUAAUUUCAUAGGUUAACAUGUUUUGUUUAGGGCGACGGAGUGAUUAAAAAGACGAAUAUUCUAUUCACAAAAUGAAUUUUGAGUUUUUCUUGAAAAUGUUUUCGUAUUGAUAUAUAAAAGAACCUAGAUAACACAAUAUACUAAAAAUUUAAUUGAAACUAGAGAGAAAUUUAAUCAGAUUUUACACUCAUCUCUAAUGAUUCAUAAUACAAUGACAAAUAUACCGAAAUGUUCUUCGAUUUUAAAUGUAUCUUUUGUAUGAGAAUGUGCUCUUGGGUUUUUUGUAUAUCAAUAUUUUUUUUUUAUAAUAUACCUAUAAUAAUAUGAGACAACAAACUACUAGUUAAUAUAACAGUGCUGAUUCAUAGAUAAAUAUCCGCAUAAGUGACCUAGAUUCGAAAUUAAUAACAAUAAUGUUUGAUAAUAAAUUGCUUGUAAUCAGUCGCAAAGUCCAAACUUUGCGAUUUCGAAACGUACAAUUAAUAGGACUAUACAAUUUAAUUUUAUUACUCUCGUUUAUCAUUCCACUCUUAAUCAGUGGAGAAUAUUUUGUCAUUAUUAUAAGUUUUCUGCCAAGUUAUUGUUUUUUUAACACCUUAUAUUAUCUUGGUCUAACAAAGUAACGUUAUCUAGCGACUGUUGGCGUACAUAUGUGCUUAUUCUAAUUUUAUCGCACUAAUAGAUCCUUAUAGAUUUUUUAAUGUCAUUUGUUACCAGUAAAAAUAUAAGAUGAGAAAUUUAAAUAUACAUAUGUGUCACAUAUGUACAAUAACAUUUUCAAAAAAUACUCAAACUUUAAUGUGAGUCACAUUAUAAUUUUCAAAGGACGGCAAGAUUAUAUAAAAUAAACAGCUAUCGCCCGACCAAUGAACUCUUGCCUUUAUAACAAUAAUCUGUAAAUAACUAGUAAAUAAUGUGAAGUGAAGAGUAGAUAUUUAACAUAAAUAAAGUAUUGGAAUAAAACGAGUGCUUAGAAUAAUUGCAUUGGGUGUUAUAAAGUGUGUUCUCAAUAAUGUUAAUUAGGGCUGUAUAUUUUGAAUGAAUUAGUGGUUAUACUAUUAAAUAAUAUUAAAUAACAGGAUACAAUCGUUUUGCACUAGUCCAAUUCGAAAUCAGAACUAAUAAAGUGUUCAUUUAAGCCACAGACUAACAAAAAGUAUAGAUGUAAUAAUUUCAUUAAAAUACGUAACCAUUGUUUUGAUAGUGUUGCCAUUUGUUAUAUUUUCAUAAGCUAGUGAACAGCAUAAAGCAACCUUAGGAUAUUUAAUUAUGUCAAAAUAGUUCAUAAUGAGAAUGAUAAGUAGAUACAAAAUGGACUUAUAACAGUUAAUAUUGUUUCUAAUUUAAUGCAAUGUCUAUGCUUAAUUUUGGUAACACUUAUUUUAAAACAUAUUAGAUUUUAAUAAGCACGAUGUUAUUGUUAAUUUGUUUGUGAACAAGUGUACUCGUAUGCUUAUGGGCGAACAUGAUUUUGAGGCUUCUAUAUUUUUUGUUUGUCUGAGAUUCAAACCUAAAUUUUCAUGACGUCUUGUCAUUGUAAAUAAAUAAAUAUCAUAAACACGAUACAAUAUUAGGAUAUAAUCAAUCUGUGGCGUUAUCAGGUAAUUCAUAUUAAGGGCUGUAUUUAUAUACAAAAUAAUAUUAAACAAUUCAAUGGGAUAUAGGGUUUGGCAUUUGGCGCUAUUGUAGACAAUAGCUUAGGUUGCAUAUAUCGAAUUAAACUAAUAUACUUGAUACAUUAAAAAAAAAAGGAAAUUAGUAAUUACUUCAACACAAUUCUUGACUACUUUUUAUAGUAUUCUAUCAUCUCUAAAACAGGGGUCACCAGACAUUUUUGUUUGUCUGUCAUGAUGGUUAUAAUCUAAUCAUGUUAAUGCUAAUCCAUUACUGCUCGAAAAAUAGGCAUCAGUAUGGAUAAAUUGCUCAGAGUAGUAAAACGAGUUCAAUCAAGUUGGCAAUAGUCAUUUAUUAUAAAGGGCUGUAAACAUAUUUUUUUGCCCAGAACAACUAAAUAGUUAAAUUAGGCCCUGAUUGAGGGUGUUCAUUUGAAGGUCCUUGGAUUUAAAUUAAGACCCUCUGUAAUAUUCCCAUUAUUGUUGGGUGGAUUAAGAAUUAACAAACUUUGUACCAAUAUACUGCACAUGCGGUAGUGAACACAGUAUAUUUUUUUAUAAUCUCUUAAUGGUCGUGCCAAAUUAAUGAAACGUUGAUAGCCAUUUUAUUGCUGGAUAAAUUACAAACAUUUUAACAAAUUUAUGUGGAAAAGUAAUAUAAGAAUUUAAGGUGACAAACAUUAAUAUUUUCCGUAUACAGUAUAAAAAAUUGGUUUUUAAUAUAGCAAAAUAAAACCUCCAGAGGCAGAUGCUGUUAAUAUUCCAACUUGUAUUUAAUUACAAAUUUAUCUUUGUUGUAAUUUGUCACAGUGACAUUAUGGCAGUUUCAAACAUUUUUUAUUCAGAUGAACUAAGAAAUAGGUUAACCACCAAUCCAACAAGAUACAUUAGUAUUUUGAUAUAUGACUUAACCAUAACUUCUGGAAAUAAGUCAGUUAUAUCGGCCAAAGUUUUACAAUAUACUGGUCAAAUAACUACCAUCGUUAGAGACAGAUAGAUAGUUACUUAAGAAAUUAACUAAAGACAAUGGAGAGUGGUUAAAUAAACAUAUGUAUACAAAUUGUAGUUUUAGUAGAAUGCAAUUCUGUUGCAGUUAUAUCACUUUUGUAGUGAAACCAUUGAUAUACAAAAAACAAUUCAAGAUUCACAUUCAAAUCACUUACUUAAAAGAAUUGGCUCUCAACAAAAAUGUUUAUAGUCGAGUAAGUACUUACCAAAAAAAAUUAAACCUAAUGUCUUGAUAUCGUAUUCUUAUUUAAUUUAUAAGGGUAUUUUAACAAUGUUGCACAGCGAACAUCACCGACUAGUUAGAAAUGAGUGUAAAAUGUUGUUGAAUUCCCAGUCCAUUUUCAAUGUCACAGUGAUUGUAUAUCUAGAGUUAUUUUUGUAUAUCAGGGAAUGAAAAAUAAUUAGAAGAAUUAAGGAUUAAGUAAUUUAUGUACAGUUCAUUUUAUACACACACUGUUACCUAGUUUGAACUGCUUAGCAAAUAAUGAGUAGCAAAUAACGUAUACAAAAAAAAUUAUUCAACUAAGUUUUUUACAGAUCAGUUAAUUUAGUUGUGAGUGAUUGAGCUACUAAAUUAUUCGCAAGUAGACUAAAUUAUUAAAAAAAACUAGACUUUAAAGCGUUUUCAAAUUAGGCCAUUGAAACUUUGUGACAGCUUAACAUAAUAUUUGUCAUAUUUUAGUUUAAUUUUUUUUCUAUACUGAGUAUAUAUCACAUUCCUAUAUUAAUAACUAAAAAUAGUUAAAAUAUUGUCACCAAGUGGAAACAGAAAAUGUUACUGCCCUAGUGAAAUCACAUCAGAAUCGUAAUUAAUAGUAUGAAAUAAUAAUCUUAUUAAUGAUUUAUAAUUAUCAUGGAUGUACAAGUUUGUAUGUGAAUUCUAAAUUUGUAAAUAAUAUAUUCUAAUAUAACUAAAUCAAUGUUUAGUAAGUCAAAUUAAUCUGUAAUUAGUGUUACAAUGGCAUAAUUUGAAACCCCAAUAGUUAACUGUCACUUGUCAGAAUUAGGGCAUAGAGUGAAGGGACAGUGAUAUUAAAUAUUAGUUAUAAAUUAAGGAACUGUAAAAAAAAUGUGGAUAUACUGAGCACAUAUAAUAUCGGACACUAUAAUAAUUAUCAUUUGUAUUUAGUGCGCACCUAUUUAUAAUAUAGAGUAUUCUAAGGAUCAUAAUAAAUUAGUUCUAAAUUUCUAUCAUUAUUCCUUGUAAUUGUCAGUACAAUAUUAACAAUUAUUGGUAUAUGCUACUAAAAAUAUGAUUAGAUUAUAAAAAAAAAUCAUUAUAAAGAUUAUAAUCGCAAUAAAAUACAAAGGAUUUUGUAUUUAAUUUUUUAAUAUAUUAUUCACUUUUUUUACUAUUAUUUACUUCUGUUCAUUCAUUUUCGUCUAUAUUGAAGCUCUAAAACUAAUCAUUAAUAUUUAUUAUGAUCCUUAUUAAAUUAUGCAUGCACUAUUAUCAUGUGUUUGACAAGGCACAAGAGACAUCCAUCGAUUUGGGUCUAGUGUAGAGGCAUUUGUUUUUUUCUAUAGUGUCCUUACCAAAACAAUUUUUAUGGUGCAUCAGUAAAAAAAAUUGUUUAAGUAAUGUAAGAUCAUUUAUACGAAUUAUUUAAAUAUUUAAUAAUUGUGAUUUAUUCCAAAUAUAAUUAUAUAAAUUAAUUUCUUUGGUGCUGUUCCUAACAUCCCCCAAUAUUAUGACUUCUCAAUCUAACCUAGUUUUGAUUGUUUGUUUGGAAAGUUUUGGUAUUUAAACUUUUUUGUUUUACUAGAAUAAUAUGUAACGUUUUUGGUAUAAUUCUUUUUUACCGAAAUUACUCAUUUAAAAUUAAAUCUAAAAGUAAUACAUAAUUUAGACAACCUCUUUAUUCUUUCAAUUUAUUUAUUAUACACAUUGUUUUUUUCGGUAAAAAAAAAAUUCAAAAUUGUUACAAAUUAUACUGAGCAUUUUAUUUAAAAUGUGAAAUAGAAAAAAAAAAGAUUACAAUUGUGUAGUUGUUACAAUAUUUAAGGUAUAUCGUGUAAUUUGACACAAUACUUAUAAUUUGUGUCAUGUUAACUUGGUUGGUAAGAUACUAAAAGACAUAAUAGAAUAUUUAGGGAAAAGUAAACAUUUUAAAUAAGUAGCCAGUAUUAAAUAAAGUUUUUAUUAAUAGGAGUGAUUCAGUUUCAUUAGUAUAUCAAUGAUAUGCAUUCCUGAAUAGCUCUGUAAUAGUAAUCUAAUAAACGAUUAUUAACUUAAUCGAUACUACUGAUUAUAUAAUCGAUUUUUAGAUUAUUUAUGACUAUCUCAAAGCAAUGACCACAAUGUUGAUCAUAAUAGUUCAGUGCGUUUAUUUGAAUGUAUGUAUAAUGCUUAACAAUAUAACAUUCUAUUUGGAAUUCAGAAUUUAAAAUAUUUCAUUAUGCCUAAGGCUUUAAAUAUAAUUUUUUAUGUCUCUAUUUCGGAACUAUAUAAUUUUUUUGUGAUUGAACAUUCCAUGAUUCUACGAGCUUUUGAUAUUUUAUAUUGUAGCUAUUGUUAAAUUACAGUGAUUGUAUUAAAUUCUAAAUAGAGUGGACUUUAUUUAUCAAGGUACAUCUUUGGGUUCGAUUAGAUUCUUACCGGGCAAAAUUGGAAACCAGUUUAACACCUCUACUAUAUAUAACUACUCUAGACUAGUUUCAGAAAGUCAGUUUGUUGAGAGCAAAGUAAGAAAACGUUUCUCAGUGAUCUCAGUGUUCCGUACGACGGAAUUAUUCGCCUUCACUGUUAUUUAUCCUUGUCUCUGCCAUUGAAUGUAGGUAUAGUAUAUGCCGAUUAUGGCUAGCUUACGACAUGUAAUAACAUUAUCUGAACUUUCAGUAUUGGAGCUAUUAUGUUACCUGUGUACAUGAGUUUGCCCAUGCCUAUCAUACACAAAGCUAUCGACCGCUUUGAUCGUAUCUUAUCUACACAUAAGAUAUUUUUCGACGGAUCACUAUUAUAAUUUACUCCAUAUACAUAGUUUAACUAAUAUAUAUUCUUGGGUCAAGAAGUUAAAAUUUACAGUUUGAAUUGCAGCCAUGCAACAGGACUUGCCAGAAUUCUCUCAACAAUACUUAUUAUGUAUUAAUCUAUCCGGACCGGAAGGUGUCAGCCGAGUUUUAUCAGGAUGCAAUAAUAAGUUCGUAUUCCUAUAUAUAUUACAAAUGUAGGUGUAAACGUUAUAAAUAUUAAAUAUUUCAAAUAUAAAGCAGUACCUAUGCACAUACAUCUGGAAUAUGUCUUUUUCUAAUGGUUUAUAAAUAUAAAUAGGUCAUUUGAGUCAUAAUAUUUUCUUAUGUCAACCUAUGUGGAUUUUAUUGACUACAUUUAAUAAUAAUAAUUUGCACAAUUUAUUUCAUUUGUAGUUUCACAUUACAUUUUGAAAUGUGCACCAUUUAAAUAAAUUUAUAGUUAGUAAAUAUAAUCCAAUUAUUCAAUCAAGUAAUUUGUUUUAAUUUAUUUGUAGCAAGAAAAUGUGUGAAGCUAAGGAUUGUUUUAAAAUUUUUAUUGUUUAUUUGUUGUUGUUUUUUUUCGGUUUAUAUAAAAUUGCAUGGUGUAUUUAAUUAGACAGUAUAUAUAGUUAAGUUGAGUGGUACAUUUAGUACAAAAUAUUGCUUAUAAAAUUUUGUAAAUUUUGAGGUUUGGUACUCUGGAAGCAAUAAAUAAAGUGAAUGUUCGGUUUUA